AUGAGCAACGCGACGCAGUUCACCUUCGAGCUGGCCGGCCUGGGCGAGCGGGGCCCUCUGCGGGGCGCUUACUUCGCCCUGGCGCUGGCGGGCUACUCGCUGACCAUGGUGCUGAACGUGACGCUGGUGGCGACGGUGGCGGCGGAGAAGACGCUGCACCGUCCCGUCUACGUGCUGGUGUGCAACCUGUGCGUGAGCGGCGUGCUGGGGGCGUCGUGCUUCUACCCCAAGCUGCUGCACGACCUGCUGUCCCGAGCGCACCGGGCCUCCUACGCCGGCUGCCUGGUUCAGAUCGGGGCGCUCUACUGGUACGUCUUCUGCCAGCUGGCCGGCCUGACGGCCAUGGCCUACGACCGCUACGUGGCCAUCUGCCGGCCGCUGAGCUACCGCGCCGUGAUGACGGCGCCGAGGACGGGGCUGAUCCUGCUGCUGACCUGGCUGCCGCCCCUGGCCGAGACGGCGGCGGGCACGGCCCUGACGGCGCGGCUGCCGCUGUGCGGCCGGCGCCUCCGCCGCCUCUUCUGCACCAACUGGGCGGUGGUCAAGCUUUCGUGCGCGGACACGGCCGUCAACGACGCCUACGGGAUGGCGCUGAUCGUCCUGCACGUGGCGCAGGCCGUCCUGAUCGGCGUGUCGUACGGGCGGCUGGUGCGGGCCGCGCUGCGCUCGCGGCUCGACCGCCGCCGCUUCGCCCGGACCUGCGCGCCGCACCUGCUGACGCUGGGCGUCUUCAUGGGCUCGCUGCUCUUCGACACGCUCUUCCAGCGCUACGGCGACGGCGGCGGCCACUUGGAGGCGCUGCGCCACGCGCUGGCCGUGGAGUUCAUGGUGGUGCCGCCGCUCCUCAACCCGCUGGUCUACGGCGUCCACCUGCGACCCGUGCGCCGGCGCGUCCUGGCCAUCUUUGGCCCGCGGUGCAGGGCGAACGCCUGA